AUGGACUUUGCUUGUAGUCUUCAGCGGUCUACUGUGUGUCAUGGCGUUGAAUUUACGAGUUCCAGGAAGUCAGAUUCUCUCCGCUCAAAUAUGAGUUCUAAUUCUAGAGGCAUUGGCUGUAACUUUCUUGGCAAUCCUAGAGUUUUCUCAGCCUACAGGAUAACGAAGUUGAAGAAAAUAAUUGUUUCAAGGACCAACAGAAGUAUUCAUUCAUGUAUAACUUUUAAAGGAGACUUUGAUAGCCAUUUCCAAGUUUGUAAGUCUCUUGGAUCUUUAAAAAAUUAUAAUCUCGUUAAUGUUGUUAAGACAUCGAGGGGAAUAUUUGGACUGAGGUGUCAAGGUAAUGAUUCAAUAGCCUUUAUUAAUGGUAAUGAUCGAAAUGUAGAACUUGUUGAGGGUCAUAAUGAAGAGACUGCCAUCAACUCAGAGUUGAAUGGUUCAAGAGGAGAAAUAUGGGAAGGAGAAGAAGACAAGGAGCCUAGUUUGGAAGAGUUGAGGGACAAGUUGCAGAAGGCACUUGAAGAAUUAGAGGUAGCACGACUAAACAGUUCUAUGUUUGAGGAAAAGGCACAGAAAAUAUCGGAAACUGCAAUAGCAUUGAAGGAUGAAGAAGCAACUGCUAGGGAUAAUGUUAAUUCUACACUUGAUAUCAUGCAAGAGAUUAUGGAUGAAGAAACUGUUGCCACAGAAGCUGUUCAGAGAGCAACAGUGGCUCUUUCUUUGGCUGAAGCAAGGCUUCAGGUGGCAAUGGAAUCAUUGGAGUCUGCAAAAGGAAAAAGUGAUUCCCUUAGAGCUUCUGGGGACAAUGAUUUGGCAUAUGAAAGUGGAGGAAAAGAAUUAAAAACUCCAAGGAAAGAAGAGGAACCAGUCUUGGUUGCUCAGGAUGAUAUAAGGGAGUGUCAAGCCACUUUGGCAGAUUGUGAGACAGAGCUGAGACGAUUGCAAAGCAGAAGAGAUGAGUUGCAAAAGGAAGUGGACAGGUUAAAUGAGGUUGCGGAGAGGGCACAAAUGGAUGUUUUCAGAGCAGAGGAAGAUGUGGCAAAUGUCAUGCUUUUGGCAGAGCAAGCUGUUGCCUUUGAAUUAGAGGCUGCUCAACGCAUAAGUGAUGUGGAGAUUGCUUUACAAAAAGCUGAAAAAGAUCUCUCAAUUUCCCUUACUGAUAGUGCAGAAACUACAGUUCUUCAAAACGGAUCUUCCUCCAUGGGGCAGUCUUUGGGAGAGGAGGAAUUGGUUGAAGAGGGAAAGGUGAGUCAGGGAAAUUCAAGCGAUGCUGUUUCUGAAAGGGAUACAAAUGUGCUUAUUGACAGUGCUUCCAUUGUUCUUGAUCCCUUCCCUGCAUGCCGGUUUGAUGGACCUAGCCAAAGGUCUGAAGAACCAAAAUUGUCUUAUGAUAGCGAUAAAGAGAGUGGAAAAGUAAAUUUAGAAUUAAAAGAUCCUGAAGUGGAUACGGAAAGGUCAAAAAAUUUGGCUCAAACAAAAAAGCAGGAGUUGCAGAAAGAUUUGAUGAGGGAUGGUUCAGCAUCUAAUGCUCCAAAAGCAUCAUUAAAGAAAUCUUCUCGAUUCUUCUCUGCCUCAUUUUUCUCUUUGGAUGGGACUGAGUUUACUCCAGCAUCCAUUUUUCAUGGCCUUAUUGAACAUGCAAGGAAGCACUUGCCUAAACUGGUUGUUGGGUCAUUACUCGUUGGAGCUGGGGUUGCUGUUUAUGUCAAUCACAAAGAGAGGAUUAGCCAAUUAUAUAUGCAACCAGACAUUAUAACCACUAGUAUUGAUGAAGUGAAUGAGGAGGAAGCGUCUCUCUUUGACAUGUUAUGGUUGCUGCUUGCAAGUGUCAUAUUUGUACCUAUAUUCCAGAAAAUCCCUGGAGGCAGUCCUGUUCUUGGAUAUUUGGCUGCUGGAAUCUUGAUUGGACCUUAUGGCCUUUCUAUUAUUCGUCAUGUGCACGGAACAAAAGCAAUAGCAGAAUUUGGUGUUGUGUUCUUGCUAUUUAACAUUGGUUUGGAGCUUUCUGUUGAAAGACUGAGUUCAAUGAAGAAAUAUGUUUUUGGAUUGGGUUCUGCUCAGGUCUUGGUUACUGCGGUGGUGGUUGGUUUGGUUGCUCAUUUUAUUGCUGGGCAACCUGGUCCUGCUGCAAUUGUCAUUGGAAAUGGCCUGGCAUUAUCUUCGACAGCUGUUGUUCUCCAGGUAUUGCAGGAACGGGGUGAGAGUACAUCACGCCAUGGACGUGCUACAUUCUCUGUUUUACUUUUCCAGGAUUUAGCUGUCGUGGUUUUGCUGAUACUUAUACCUCUUAUUUCACCAAAUUCGUCGAAAGGAGGGGUUGGUUUCCAAGCAAUUGCGGAAGCUCUUGGUUUGGCGGCUGUGAAGGCUAUUGCUGCAAUUGCUGCCAUAAUUGCUGGAGGACGCUUGCUGCUCCGGCCGAUCUAUAAGCAAAUUGCUGAGAACCAAAAUGCUGAGAUAUUUUCUGCUAAUACACUCUUUGUUAUUCUGGGAACUAGUCUUCUUACAGCUAGGGCUGGCCUGUCCAUGGCACUGGGAGCAUUUUUGGCUGGUUUACUUCUUGCGGAGACAGAAUUUUCUUUACAGGUUGAAUCAGAUAUUGCUCCAUAUCGUGGGCUUCUGUUGGGUCUCUUCUUCAUGACGGUUGGAAUGUCCAUUGAUCCAAAACUUUUUGUUUCAAAUUUUCCAGUAAUCAGUGGGACAUUAGCACUUUUACUUGUUGGCAAGACCAUAUUGGUUGCUGUAGUUGGUAGGCUUUUUGGGUAUAAUGUCUUCUCAACUGUCAUCUCUGCUCUUCCUUGUGGUAGGGAUUUCAAUGGCUCUCACCCAUGGUUGGCUGCCGGAGGCCAGUUAAUAGCUUCUCGUUUUGAGCUGCAUGAUGUGCGAAGUUUGUUACCUGUAGAGAGUGAGAUCAUAGCACAGCUUCUUUCAGAACGACUUAUACCAUUUGUGGCUCUUGAUGUCAGAAGUGACCGUGUUGCAAUUGGCCGUGCACUUGAUCUCCCUGUAUAUUUUGGAGAUGCUGGUAGUCGAGAGGUGCUCCAUAAAGUUGGUGCUGAGAGAGCUUGUGCAGCAGCAAUAACUUUAGAUACCCCUGGUGCAAACUAUAGAACUGUUUGGGCUUUGAACAAGUAUUUUCCCAAUGUCAAGACAUUUGUCCGUGCUCAUGAUGUAGAUCAUGGCCUUAAUCUGGAAAAGGCUGGUGCUACAGCAGUUGUCCCCGAGACAUUGGAGCCAAGUCUCCAGCUAGCAGCUGCUGUUCUUGCACAGGCUAAGCUGCCCAUGUCUGAAAUAGCAGCUACUAUCAAUGAGUUUAGGUCACGCCAUCUUUCAGAGCUCACUGAGCUUUCUGAAGCGAGUGGAAGUUCUCUUGGAUAUGGAUUCUCCAGUAUGAUGAGUAAACCCAAAUUGCAACCCUUGGAUUCUUCCGAUGAGAAUCAAAUGUCUGAGGGAACACUGGCAAUAUAA